CCUCCUCCUCCCCCCCACCACGGUCUCCGAUGGAAAGAGUUGAAGCCGCGCCGACAGGAGCCGCCGGGAAGAGGCAGCGGAGCGCAGGGCAGGACUUGGGUCCCAACUCCGACCGCGCCGCGGGGACGCUGCCCGCAGCCGCUCGCAUGGCCCGGGGCAGCGCACCCUAAGCGCCGGGCUGGGGCGAGCCGCCGCUCCGCUCCGCUCCCCGUUCUCCUCUCGCCGCAGCCGGAGCGCGAUGCGCCUGUGAGCCCCGCACCGGAGCCGCCGGGGAGCCCAUAAAUCAUCCAGAAACGAGCUUAUGAGAAAAAUAGAAGGAAGAAGGCCAAGGAGGCAUGCCAGAGGAGGAAGCCUGCAGAGUCCAAGGGGUUCAGAGAAGGCUGCAGUGGGACUGCCUCUGAGAGGGAGCAUUUACAUCCUGACAGGUUUACCUUCUGGGACUUUGAGCUUGGAUUGCUGCUGGAAUAUUUGUCCUGGACCUGGCCUCUGGGCUGGUUACUAAGGAUUUUCCCUGGUGCUUGACUUCAAAUAUGACACUAAAGUAAUGCAGAGGCUGUAUCCUCCCUGGGCCCACCUUGGAAGCUAGAUCUGCAACUGCCCUUCAGUCAUGGUUGUUUCAAGAUUAAAGGCCAUUUCCCUAUCAUUGCCAAGCCUUUUUCUUCUUGCUUUUCAUCUCUCAGCAUCACAGAAUGUACCUGAAUACUCUGAAGCUGAACAUCAGCAGUGUGUCAGGAAAGAACACCCCACAAUUGCUUUUGAAGAUCUGAAGCCUUGGGUGUCCAAUUUCACCUAUCCAGGUGUGAAUGAUUUUUCUCAGCUCGCCCUGGAUGCCAACAGGAACCAGCUCAUUGUGGGAGCAAGGAACUACCUCUUCAGACUUAGUCUACACAACGUUUCUCUUAUUCAGGCAACAUCAUGGGGUUCAGAUGAAGACACCAAGAGGUCCUGUCAAAGUAAAGGGAAAACAGAGGAAGAGUGCCAGAACUAUGUCCGAGUGCUGAUUGUUUAUGGCAAGAAGGUUUUUACCUGUGGUACCAAUGCCUUUUCACCAGUGUGUUCCAGUCGUCAGGUAGGAAAUCUUAGCAAGAUCAUUGACAGAAUAAAUGGAGUGGCUCGGUGCCCAUAUGACCCCCGGCAUAACUCAACAGCUGUGAUUACAUCACGAGGAGAGCUCUAUGCUGCAACUGUAAUUGAUUUCUCUGGACGGGAUCCUGUUAUUUACCGCAGCCUUGGAAAUGUUCCCCCACUCAGGACAGCACAGUACAACUCCAAAUGGCUCAAUGAGCCAAACUUUAUUGCUGCCUAUGACAUCGGUUUGUUCACCUACUUCUUUUUUCGAGAGAAUGCAGUAGAACACGACUGCGGGAAAACAGUAUAUUCUCGUGUGGCCAGGGUCUGCAAAAAUGACAUUGGAGGGAGAUUUUUGCUGGAGGACACAUGGACAACUUUCAUGAAGGCCAGGCUGAACUGCUCCCGUGCUGGAGAAAUCCCUUUCUAUUAUAAUGAAUUGCAAAGCACCUUCUACCUUCCUGAGCAAGACCUGAUCUAUGGUGUCUUCACCACUAAUGUAAACAGCAUAGCUGCCUCAGCAGUGUGUGCCUUCAAUCUCAGUGCCAUUACUCAGGCAUUUAACGGUCCUUUUCGUUACCAAGAGAACCCAAGAUCAGCCUGGCUGCCGACAGCAAACCCCAUCCCAAAUUUCCAGUGUGGGACGCUGAGUGAUGACAGCCCGAAUGAGAACCUGACAGAGAGAGUCCUGCAGGACGCACAGCGCUUGUUCCUGAUGAACGACGUGGUGCAGCCGGUCACUGUAGACCCAUAUGUGACUCAGGACAGCAUUCGAUUCUCUAAACUAGUGGUUGAUAUUGUUCAGGGGAAGGAUACUCUCUACCACGUGAUGUACAUUGGAACAGAGUAUGGCACCAUCUUGAAGGCCCUUUCUACCACUAACAGGAGCCUAAGGAGUUGUUAUUUAGAGGAAAUGCAGAUACUCCCGGAUGGACAACGGGAAGCAAUCAAGAGUCUCCAAAUCCUGCACAGCGACAGGUCUCUCUUUGUGGGCUUAAAUAACGGAGUGCUGAAAAUUCCUCUGGAGAGAUGCUCCAUGUACAGAACAGAAGGAGAAUGCCUAGGAGCCAGAGACCCUUACUGUGGCUGGGAUAGCAAGCAGAAGCAAUGCACCACCAUUGAGGACAGCUCCAACAUGAGCCUAUGGACCCAAAAUAUUACGGAGUGCCCAGUGAAAAACCUGACAACAAAUGGAAGACUGGGACCUUGGUCCCCAUGGCAACCGUGUGAGCAUUCAGAUGGGGACAGCACAGGCUCCUGUAUGUGUAGGUCACGUUCGUGUGACAGCCCUCGUCCUCGCUGUGGAGGUCGCAGCUGUGAAGGGGCCAGGAUCGAGGUUGCAAAUUGUUCAAGAAAUGGCGCUUGGACACCCUGGUCUUCCUGGGCCUCCUGUAGCACCUCCUGUGGGAUUGGCUUUCAGGUCCGCCAGCGGUCCUGCAGCAACCCUGCUCCACGGUACGGGGGCAGGGUCUGUGUUGGACAGAGCAGGGAAGAGAGGUUCUGUAAUGAGAACAGUCCAUGUCCAUUGCCAAUUUUUUGGUCUUCAUGGGGUCCUUGGAAUAAAUGUAGUGUGAAUUGUGGCGGGGGAAUUCACUCAAGGCAAAGGUCCUGUGAAAAUGGAAAUACAUGUCCAGGCUGUGCUGUGGAAUAUAAGACCUGCAACCCAGAGAGCUGCCCAGAAGUGCGUAGGAACACACCUUGGACCCCUUGGAUGCCUGUCAACAUCACCCAGAAUGGUGCCCGCCAGGAGCAGCGCUUCCGUUACACGUGUCGUGCCCAGCUGUCUGAUCCCCAUGAGCUGCAGUUUGGAAGGAAGAAAACUGAGAGUCGAUUCUGUCCCAAUGAUGGCUCAGCUAUGUGUGAAACUGACUCUCUUGUUGACGACCUCCUCAAGACUGGUAAGACCUCUGCACGGAUUAUCAAUGGGGGCUGGUCCUUUUGGGGGGCCUGGUCUUCCUGUUCCAGGGACUGUGAGUUGGGCUUUAGAAUCCGGAAAAGGACAUGUACAAACCCUGAACCUAAAAAUGGUGGCUUGCCUUGCGUGGGGUCAGCGAUGGAGUAUCAAGACUGCAACCCACAUCCUUGCCCAGUGAAAGGCUCAUGGUCUUGCUGGACUCCUUGGUCUCAGUGCUCAGCAACCUGUGGAGGAGGGCAUUACCAGCGCACACGGACGUGCACCAACCCAGCUCCAUCUAGUGGAGAGGAUAUCUGCAUCGGGCUGCACACUGAGGAGGCUCUCUGCAACACCCACCCAUGUGAAGGUGGCUGGUCAGAGUGGUCAGAGUGGAGCCUGUGUAAUGAAGAGGGCAUCCAGUAUCGCAGCCGUUACUGUGAUGUACACAGCCCAGACUCUUCUCAGUGCGUUGGGAACAGCACACAAUACCAAGAUUGCCUGUAUAAUGAAAUUCCUGUGAUCCUGCCAGCAUCCAGCAUUGAUGAGAACACAAACUGUGGAGGUUUUAGUCUCAUCCAUCUGAUUGCCACCGGGGUCUCCUGCUUCUUUGGCUCCAGCCUCUUAACAUUUGUGAUUUACGUGUACUGCCAGCGCUGCCAGAGGCAGUCCCAGGAGUCGACCGUUAUCCACCCAACCACUCCCAACCAUCUUCACUACAAGGGCAACACAACGCCCAAGAAUGAGAAGUACACCCCCAUGGAGUUCAAGCUGACAGAAGUGACACACUUAAUAUCGGGGGGUCCAAACCUGGAUAUCUACCAAUGGAGAUGGAGAUCAGACACUUAACAAGAACAACCUGAUACCAGAUGACAGGACCAACUUCUACCCCUUGCAGCAAACCAACGUGUACACGACAACCUACUAUCCCAGUACACUGAAUAAAUAUGACUACAGGCCCGAGGCCUCCCCUGGAAGGACCUUUACCAACAGCUGAUGAUGGACAGAUCCUACAGGACUAGAUCACUUCCUAUAUGAAUUUUUUUUUAAUUGAUUUCGUGGACCAAAUACUGGCCCAGCCUCUAGAUGUAAAUAUUGUACAGUAGGGUCUUUUUUUUUCCCUUUGGUUAAUUGUAUUUCUUGUAAACAGCACAUCUCCUUACAAGGACAAAAAAAAAAAAAAAAGCAUAUGGACCAUUCUGCAGAGCUUUUGUGGCUGUUUGGUUGGAGAUGGCUCUCACUACUGCAACUGUUUAUAUGGCUGGAAGAUCAGCAUCGCUGUCCAAGGCUGAUGUCAAGGAGCUGGCUGUGGCCGUGCCACCACGCAGCAGUACGAGUGCAUGUGGAGUGACACGGGGCGGCCUCCAGGGGUGAGGAGCAUCCUUCCUGGGACAGGGGAGCAACAGGGCACAAGACGACACACAGUGCAUGGAGCAGGCCAAGCAGGACUCCAUCAUGCCAACAACUUGAAGAACGUUUUCUUUUUCGUUUCCUUUUUUAAUUUUGAUGAUUUUUUUUUUUUUACUGUUUCUGCAAAAAAAAGAAAAGAAAAAGAAAAAAAAAAAGAAAAGAAAAAAAAAAAGUAACUUUUUAGGGCAACGUUCCUGUAUCUUCAACAGAAUCUUUUCAUACUGCAGGAAAUAAUCGCCGCCGCCUUCUUUGGUAAUAUGCAAUUUAGCUGGUGAGAAACAACACACAAAUAAAAGUGCGUUACCCAAAGAAGCUUUCUAGAAUGUUUCCAGUCUUAAUUAAAAGAAAAUUAUACAGGCAGUGAGAUACAGAGGAAAGUAAAUGUUGGAAUAACGUUGGAGACAUGAACUUGGAGUGCCUAACAAACAAAGAUGUUUAUAUCACUGGAAAAAGAAAUGUGAUGAUUGCCGCACGAGAGCCAUAGGCUUUUUUUUUUCUCUUUCAUUUUGUUUCUGAGACAGUGUUAACUCUUUUUGUUCUAGCUUUGAUCCUGAUUGUUUCUGCAAGGAAAGACAACAUUGGAGGCCAUGCUCUUCUUUGUGGGAAAUCACCAUGCUUUGGGCUAAUUUUUACUCCUCUUUUAUUGUUGGUUUUUAGUUCAUUUACUUUUCAAAGCAUGAAUAAUUCUGACUUUGCAGGGGAGAAUGUUUUGUAAGGAAUGUUUCCAUAGUCUGUCGUGACCCAGAAAGUCUGCUGCACAUUCUUAUAGCGUCUUCCAGUCAGUACUCUAUGAAAUGGUAACACAGCUGAGUAAUGCGCAUUGUUUGCCAAUAUUUCCAUAAUUUUUCUGAACAAAACCAACCCAACAACCAACUGCUGCUGCAGCUAUUGAAUUGAAUUGGGGCAGUAGCAUUAUUAAAUGAUAUAUCCAACCUUGAAAUGUAAUUUUGUGUAUGUGUGUGACUGUGUCUAUGAGAACUGUAUUAGUCUAAUGCAGAAGCCAUGUUGUCUACAGCCAGAUGUUUGUCUGACAUAAUUGUUUGGCAAAAAGGAAAUUUAUUGCUGGUGCUUAAUGUACAAUUACAUCAAAUGUGUUAGCAACGUGAACAAGUCCACCACUGUUAUCAUUCAGUGUUUCUAACUAUUUAUAAUGAACUCCUGAUGCUAAGGAUUUUAGAAUGUUGCAAUACCAAGCAUGAGAUAAAAGUACACCCCAAAAUGCGCAUGAGCUCCAUGUGGUCCCAAGCUUGGAUUUGUUGUCUGCAUCUUACCCGGAGGAUUGCCAUGCCCACGCAUGGCCCUCAGCUCGGCUGUUCUUUUUGUCUUUGCUUUCUUUCAGAUUUUGCCAUAAGCCAACUCUGUUUCUCAGUGUUGUUCCUUUGCAGUUGCUCAUUGGAGGUCUGGCUGGGCCACGUGUUCUGCUCUUUUGUGCAGGUAGCCGGUAGGAAAUGAAGAAAGGCUCAUACAAGUGCAUUGCUUUUCCUGCAAGGAAAAGCCAACGUGACUCUAUAAGCCCGCAUUACAAUUGCUUGACCAGAAGGCAAGCAUAAAGUAGCCUCCCAUUUUUAAAUUACUUUUUUUUUUUCAUCUUCAGUUUGCAGUGAUCAAAAGCUGUAGGGAUGUUUGUAAUGAAGUGGGGUUAUUUGCACUGCUCCGAGGGUGCCUUAGGCUCUGUGGUGCCCAUCAUUUCCAGCAGCUGUUCUUCUGAUUUAGCAGCUCACCCCACUUUUCCAGCUGCACCAGGUGAAAGAGAGAGAACCAAACUGCCUGCUCCCCACUGAACACUGGAAAUCCUGACUGUAAGCCAUUCCAGCAAGCACGUGGCCCAGGGGCCGAAUGCGUUUGCAUUGGACUGCCUGGGUGGAAUUCCUCAGCUCUCGGUGGAGCGAGUCAGAAGAACACGGGGCUUCUGCAGUCACGUUCACUGUUGUGAAAAUUGAGCCACCUUUGAGCCUCCCUUUCAGCACUGAUCCAUUCUGUCAUCAUCAUUCUGCCAUCAUCGUGCACAUCACAGGAUUGCAGCUGGAGUAUAAGGGAUGUGAGUGAGUCAAAUCAUGCAAUGUUUUUUUGGUGGUUUUUUUUUCUUUCCAUUUUCCAUUUUUCCUUUGGGUUGGUUUUUUUUUUUUUUUUUUUUUUUCUUCUUCACUUGAAGCAUUCUUCUGUGCUUGGCUUAACAAAUAACAUGAUUUAAAAGGAUAUUUUUUUUUUUUCCCCAAAGAAAGCUCCCAUGUAGCAGCUGAAGUUACUUAAAUGUUCAGCUCACCAAGGUGGGUCAUUACUACCACUGUGCUUAGAAGGUGGAUAUUCUGUCAGCUAUUGGAGGGCAGAUGUUUUGAGGGUGGUGCAUGCGGUUAUCACUUCAGAGAGGCUCCUUCUUUCCUGUCCUCCAAAUGGACCCAGCCCUUCUCACAUAAUGGGCAGUAACAGUGAGGGUCAUUUGGCUCCAUUUGAAGUCAGGAGAGAACAUGGAGAGAAAUAGAGAGAAACCAGGGCACUUACUACUCAAUUAAUGUUUGCACGAGGGUGCAGUUCUUUAAGGAUCAUGUUAAUGUGAUGUGAGGGCUGCACUUUGUUAUGAGCUCUCUAACGUGUGGCAGGUUAAUGACACAAAUACAUGACACUCUUGCUGUUCAAGUUUGAUCACCAGAUCUGCAGUAUCUGGAGCAGACUGGACUGCUAAACUUGCUAGGAGUUUCUCAGUCCAGCUUGAGCUACACUGGAAAUGCACUUAAAUGGGAAGCACUGCCUCCCAAAGACACCAUCCAGCUCUCCUUUUUCUUUCACUUCCAAGGAAAGAGGAGACCCUGGAUGGUCACAGGGUUAGGCUGGAGCCAUCGGUUCUGUGCAGAUCCUCGGGGAAGAAUUCAGGCAUACAGCGCACAAAACCCGUUGGACAAAAGACAGUGGAAGUCUGAGAGCCCAACGUUCAGCAGAAACACAACUGUACAGCUACUGUAGGGGGAAGAAGGUGUAGUAUGCUAUCACUGCAGUUCCUAAUGCCUUACUUGUAGAAAAUGAGAUGAUAGUUUGUUUUUUGAAGUCAGCAGAGAGCAGGAACAGAGUCCGCAUCCGAUGCAGAUAAUUUGAUGGCUCCAGUGUUAAUGUCAUGCUGAGUCCACACCUGGGGAGGAAAUUGCUGUCCACUGAGAUUGAUUUAUUCUUUGUACCAAAUGUAGCGGGGGGAGAGUUUUAUAUAUAUAUAAAUAUAUAUAUAAAAUGUAAAUGUAAAGUUUCUGUAACAACUUGCUUUUUUUUUUUUUUUUUUUUUUUUUUUUUAAGUGUAUACAUCUAUCGGUGGAUAGGUACAGUAUAUAUUUAUAAUAUAUACACACACACACUAUAUAUAUAUAUAUAUAUAGCAGAAUGCCUGCAGAGGAAACUUACUUACUUAAAAUAAGAAAGGCAGUGCUGGUAUUCAAAUCACCACAGGGACAAACUGAAGGAAGAAAAAAAAGUACAAAUCUAGCGUCCUUUCCCUUAGGGGUAACAAAAUGUGCUUUUGAGGUAAAUGAAAUAUAAUUUUUUAAUUGAAAAGAAAAUUGAUUUUUCUAGUUAGAAGUAAGUGCUGAUUCUCCCCUAAAUCAUUCUGGUUAAGAAUGACUGAGUAAAGGAUUCUCGUGACUGCUUAUAUUUUCUGAAUAAGCCUCCUGAAUCUCUUGCGUGUAUCGCUCUGUUGUUUUUGUAAUUAUAAGUAGGGAGUAAUUGUGCAAAGAAAAUUAAAAUAGCAAGUAGGAGUAACAAAUAAUGUACCAUUACAGUAAAGCAUAUCAACUACUAGAACUGGAACAACGUCAUCUUCCAUGUUAAAGAUGCUAACAAUUGCUUUCUGAGUUAUUGACCAGCAUUACAAGACUUGCCUUAUAGGGACACAGGGAGGUUUAAUACAAAAUUUAGGGUCGAGAAACCAUGAAAACCAAUGGCUUUUCUUUUUGGAGGGCUCCAAAUACAGCUGUGGUACAGGGACAACACCCUAUGGCUGGGUGCCCCUUCGAACUUGUAAGGAAAAAGCCUGAGAAGGCUGCAAGGGCAGGUUUGGGCUGGGUGAGGAGACCUACAGGUUUCGGUGCUGUGUGUUUACCUUCAAAAGCAACCAAAAGCCCCCUUGUGGGCAAUGGGUCCUUGUGAGGUCAUCCAGCCUCAACCCUUCCGCCCUGAAAUCCUCCCUUUGGGCCACUGCUUCUGCUCUGCAUCAGCUGCAGACCCACUCCUGCCAUGGGAGGUGGGUGUGCAGUUUAAGAGCAGCAUUUGGCUUUCCAAAGUCCCCAUCCUGCUUUGCUUUGAAACCAAUCCAUUGCAAGACCACACGGUCACCACGAGGCUGCAGCCCCACUCCCAGAGGGUUCAGGGAGUGUGAAGAGUGAGAUGGGGCCAAGUGUGUGAUGGAGGUGGGGGUACAAAAUGCACAGGGCUGGGGGGAAGUGAUUGGAACUCUUGCCCCAAACAGCAAAACCUGAAGCAUGUCGCUGGACUCUGCAGUGGAGGCACAUCACCCUUCCUAUGCAAUAGAACUUGAUGGUACUUUAGUAUAAAGGUGACCUAGACUGUAAUCACUGCCUUUAGACACUGUGAAUUUUUUUGGGGUACUCUGUAUUUUUAUAUAUUGUACAAUGUAAAGAAUAAUUCAGAAAUAAAAGAGAAAAUCUGG